AUGCAAAGCAUGUGGUCCCGUGCCGCCCCGUCGCAGUCAAGCUGCCGGUGCGUCUCGUGUUUGAGUACGGUUGCCAAUGGCGUCACUUCACGAUCAGCGACGGCUGCCAGCAAGAAGAAAUUGAGAAUUGGGAACUCUGUCACUGCACUGUACACAAGUAUCUUUGCGGCCGCGGCCCUUGCAGAUGCAAAGGCCAAGACCAAGCGGCGACAUGACCUCGAAGAGAAAAUUGCGGCAGUCAAGGCGGAAGUGAACGAGCUAGUUGAUGAAGAGCACCGAAUUCUGGAGUCCCUACAGUCACGAAGGAAAAGUCGGGGUAUAAACCGAUUGCUGCAAGAGAGAGGCUUCGGCAGCGUUAUAACCUCCCCCCGAAUCCGCCAACGAAUCGCACCGAACCAGCCAACAAGGUCCUUCCACACGGAGCGCCGGCUCGGUCACCAGAAUGCGCAGAUUGACGACACCCCAUUGACGGAGGAGUUUGGGCAUCUUGAUCUCCAGGAAGCUGAAGCGAGUGCACUGCGCGCGGCUAUGAAUGAAGCAUUGCCGGACUGGGUUGUUGGAGAUACUGCUCGCAUCAAGGCCGUCCAAAAGCUCGCAUUGAAACAAUUUGCGAUUCGGAUUCUACUACGACCGACCAUCGCGCACAAAUAUUCAGGGGUCCCGAUGAACUACGGGGCAGACUUCGAUGUUCCCCAAAUCGAUGUCAAUAACUUGCUGAAUGAGUUGAACGUCGUGCGACGUCAGAUGAACACGCUGUUGCACAAGCGGAAUGUCGACCUUGCUGAUGUGAUUGCUGAUUUUGAUACAAUGCGCUCGGAAGAGGCGAAGGAAGAUGACCGGAUACUCGACGAUGAUCUCAGGGAGUACAUUCAAUCAUUCACCAGCCAGCAGAUGUCCUUGCAGGAACUCCUCUUGCGGAUCUCCAGCAACCUGAUUAAAUCAGCGGAUCCGGAUCGCACCGCGGCAUUCCGAGAACUACUCAUUGUUUUCACCCAAACCCGCCAGAACGACUUGAAUGAUUUGCUUCUGCAGUCAUUGUUGCCGAAUCGGUUCUACUUGAGCACCUCUCUCAUCGUCACCAUUCUCUCCUUUUUCCGAAAGUCCAAAAACCUCAAGGACUUUGAUUUAUUCUUGCAAAUGCUCAGCGGCGAAGGGUACACAGUAAACCUGGGAGCCAUCGGUCUUUUCCGCCGUCGAAAGAUCAAUGGACUUACUACAGUCAUUCCGCCCCUGUAUGGCAGCAGCACCGUCAUUUACACGGAGCUAAUUUCUGCGGCCUUGCGGUUUAACCAGCCGGACCGAGCAGAUGCCUGGCUUCAAGCUGCACGCAAGUCAGGCUUUUUCGACAACUUCAACACCUUAUUUACCUACAUCCGAUUCUACAGUAUUCGCCAGGACUGGGAAAAGGGAAUUCAUGCCUUGAAAAGAGCUGUGACUUAUCUCGUCUCGUCAACUGAUCUAUCACCAAGACUUGUUGAGCGGUUAAUCUUAUACAUGGUGCAUCUUUGCGACUCAUGCUGCCAGAAAGAUGUAUCUCAGAGUUUGAUCUCGGCUGCCGUGCAUAGCGGAUUCAAUCCGAACAUUCCAUCACAGCAGAACGACAUUGCACCCAUUGUGGAUCAAGAGGGCCAGCGAUGGAAAAAGGCCGCCGAAACGACACCACAGGAGAACUUGUCUCGUCCCCUAUGGCAGAAGUGCUAUGACUUUGCAAAUGUAUUUGGACAGCAACUGAGCAGGCUCGAGGUGCCCGAAGAUCAAUUCAUGUCGCGAAAGCUCGAUCGCCUCGCUGCUGUUCAUGCAAAUGAUGCUUUGUCUGCCACGCUUUCUCGACACACGGAGCAGGCAAAAUCCUCACCGGCGACUUCGGAACGCGCAGGUGCUACACAGACCCAGAGUACCCAAAGCGAGGAUAUAGCCGCUUUGAAGGACGAAGUCUCCCAACUUCGUCAGCUCGUCUUUGAGCUACGCAAACAUCACAUCGAGGCCUCGUUCAAAGAGGAAAUACACCAUGAUCUCGAGUAUGAGGAUUCACUAUCGCAACCAUCCAAACCUAAUCCACCCUCACAUGACCCACCCUUUCAACCUCAAGACUCCGCCAUGAGUGUCGAAUUUGAACGGAUACCGAGUCCGAUAGAGUGCGAGGAGCAUGACACAUCGCGCCCGAAUCUUUCUUUCCGACCGGCACACGCCAUGAUGGGCCCCGUACUGGCACAGGAUCAUUCUAUUGGGACACCCGAGAAUCAAGUACAGCAACCAGCUCGGAGCCGGGCGAAGAAAUCCCGAUCUCGGAAGGCGAAGAAAUUUGUCGCUGCGUCUUCUCAGCGCACUGCUGGCCAGGCAUGA